AGGUGGGGGAAGUGUCUUUGGCAUAGUGGGGUCUAGGAGGUUGUGAGCCCCCCGAAAAAGGAUUUGUGGGUGCCCUUGGAGGGGUGGGUGUCUCUUCUUGGGGACAUGGAGCUCCCAGUGGCCCCAGUUCCUGGGUGUGCAGAGUGGAUGCAAGAGACCCAAAUUUACCCCUACGGUGUUGUGUCUGUGUGUCCUCAAAGUUUCUGGGACACCCCAGAGUGUCUCUCCACCAUGGACCCUUUGGAUCACUGAGCUUUGAGUGGAAAGGGGGAGGUUGGUGCUGUCCCCCCAGAGUGGGCUCCCCACACAGCACUGGGCACCCUCGAACUGGCAGUGGGGUCCUCAUGCCAGCACACACUGGGUUCCCCCCCGGCACUGGGUAACCCCGCCAGCAAUGGGUGUCCCCUCUGGCUCUCGAUGUCACCCCCCUCGCUCCCAGUGCAGGACCUGGGACAGUACUGGGAGCUGCUGGAUGUUACCAGAAUGGUGCAGGUGAGAUACUGGGAGCUCCUGGGGGAUAGCAGAGGACUGGGGGACUCUGCUUCUGCAGUUGGUGGGGCUGUGGGGAUACUGGGAAGAUUCUGAUUAUGGAGGGACUAGGGGAAUUGGGGUCUCAUUCUGGGGAGUGGGUGGUAUUGAGAGUGUCACUAUGGCAGAGGGGGGGCGCAUUGGGAGUGUCAGGGGUGCUGGGGCUACCGGGGAGGGAGCACCGGAGGUCCGGUCUGGGGGUGAGCCCGGGGGCGGUACCAAUGGUGCGUGGUGUACCAGCGUCUGGAGGCAGCCUCGGGGGCAAUCCCAGGGCAGUAGCGGUGGUCUCAGGGCGAUCCCGGGGCUGAUCCUUGGUACCGGCAUCCGGGGGGCACUGGGGAUGGGGAGGCAGCACUGGACUUCCUCGGACUGAUGCCGGGGAUCUGGGGGUGAUGCGGGGAUCUGAGAGCUAUCCUGGGGACAAUACCAGUGGUCCGAGGCGGUACCGGGAAUGGUGAGGCGGCCCCGCGGGCGAUGCGGGGGAGGUGGCAGCGGUCAGGGGAGGUAUAAGGGAUUUGGCGUUGAUCCCGGAGCGAUCCCGGGAAUCUGGUGGGAAUCCCGGGGACAGUACCGGGCUUCCAGGGGGGAACCGGGCUGUGGAGACGGCGCUGGGGUUGAUGCUGGGGCCAUCCCGGAGAUCUGGGGGCGUUUCCGAGCGGAGCCGGAGGGGGUCCCGCGAGCCCGGGAGCUACCGGGGAUUUGGAAGCGGGCCCAGGAGGCAGCUCCUGGACAGGGACACGUUCUCCAAGUCGGACCCAAUCUGUGUGCUGUACACGCAGCGCCCUGGCAGCCACCAGUGGCGGGAGUUUGGCCGGACCGAGGUCAUCGACAAUUCCCUGAAUCCUGACUUCCUGCACAAGUUUGUCCUCGAUUAUUGCUUUGAGGAGCGGCAGAACCUGCGCUUUGACCUGUAUGAUGUGGACUCCAAGAGCCCCGACCUCUCCAAGCAUGAUUUUCUGGGCCAAGCAUUCUGCACCCUGGGGGAGAUCGUGGGCUCAGCUGGCAGCCGCCUGGAGAAGCCCCUGACGAUGGGGACAGCCACCAAGCACCCCCGGGGCAGGAGACCUGCCCCGGCUGCCUCCCAUGAUGGCAUUCCGGGGAAGAAGUGCGGUACCAUCAUACUCCUUGCUGAAGAGUUGGGAAACUGCCGGGAUGUGGCCACACUUCAGUUCUGCGCCAACAAGCUGGAUAAGAAGGAUUUCUUCGGAAAAUCUGACCCCUUCAUGGUCUUCUACCGCAGCAAUGAAGACGGGACUUUCACCAUCUGCCACAAGACGGAAGUGGUGCGGAAUACACUGAACCCCAUCUGGGCAGCCUUUGCCAUUCCUGUGCGUGCCCUCUGCAAUGGGGACCGUGACCGAGCCAUCAAGGUGGAGGUAUAUGACUGGGACCGUGAUGGCAGCCAUGACUUCAUUGGGGAGUUCACCACCAGCUACCGGGAGCUGUCACGAGGCCAGAGCCACUUCAACGUGUACGAGGUGGUGAACCCCCGGAAGAAGAUGAAGAAGAAGAAGUACCUGAACUCGGGGACAGUGACACUGCUGUCCUUCGCUGUAGAGGCCGAGCACACCUUCCUGGACUACAUCAGGGGCGGGACCCAACUCAACUUCACAGUGGCCAUAGACUUCACGGCAUCCAAUGGGAACCCCUCGCAGCCUACAUCCCUGCACUACCUGAGCCCCUUCCAGCUGAAUGCCUACAGUCUGGCACUGAGGGCCGUGGGGGACAUCAUCCAGGACUACGACAGUGACAAAAUGUUCCCAGCCCUUGGCUUUGGUGCCAAGGUCCCCCCGGAUGGGCACGUGUCCCACGAGUUCCCACUGAAUGGGGAUGCAUCAAACCCAGCGUGCCAUGGCAUUGCGGGGGUGCUGGAGGCAUAUCAGCGCAGCCUGCGCCAUGUCCAGCUCUACGGCCCCACCAACUUUGCCCCUGUCGUCAACCAUGUUGCCCGCUCAGCGGCCACGGUGCUGGACGGAUCCCAGUACUUUGUCCUCCUCAUCAUCACCGAUGGUGUCAUCUCUGACAUGGCCCAGACCAAGGAGGCCAUUGUCAAUGCUGCCAAAUUGCCCAUGUCCAUUAUCAUCGUGGGGGUUGGCCAGGCAGAGUUCGAUGCCAUGGUGGAGCUGGAUGGGGAUGACAUCCGCAUCUCUUCCCGUGGGAAAGUGGCUGAGCGUGAUAUCGUCCAGUUUGUUCCAUUUCGUGACUACAUGACGGGGGGUCCUGGCGCGGGGCUGAGCAUGGCAGGGCUGGCACGAGAAGUCCUCGCCGAGAUUCCCGACCAACUCCUCUCUUACAUGAAGGCACGGGGCAUAAAACCACCCCCCCAUCCCUCCCAUGUCCCCUGAAACCCUCUCACCCUGACUGCCCGCUCCCAACACACCAUGUCCCUUCAUCCUACCCCAGGACCCUCUAUCUAGGGAUCAAAGGCAGCCAUACUCUGUCAGGGACCUGAGACUGGAGGUCCCUCUCCUCCUUUCCACAACCUUGUGGUUCCCUCCCCAAUCCGGGUUCCCACCACCACACCCAUAAACCAGCUUUUGGGUUUCUUGGGGAAAUUUGGAUGGUGUUGCCUGAGCAUUCUUGGCUAUGGGACUGCCCCCUAUACCCAUCCAGGACUGUCCUGCCCCCAAAAAAGUAGCAGGGGGUCUUCAGCAGCCUGACCAGAAAGCUGGGGUGUGCAGGAGCCUCCACCAAAUGUGGAGUGCCCCCCUAGUGUGAUGCAUGACCCCUCCUCACCUCACCAGCCUCCCCAAAUCCAUGGUUCCCCUGCAUUUCCUGGGCUGAUCCCAGUGGGGUCCCCAGUGUUUUUGGUGUUCCCCCUUGCUGUGUUGCAUGUGUCCAUGUAUUGAAUUGCCUUAACGCGCAAUAAAUUAUUGUGGCUUUAAUUACAGCCCCCUCCCCUGGGAUGCUCCAGC